AUGGCUGAAUGCAACCUAAACUGUUCGUCUGUUGCUGAAUGCAAAAAAUGUUUGCAAGCCAGACGAAUAUUUGAAGGGGAAAGUUGUCCGCUUUCCUACAACGAAGAUGAUGAUUGGUUUAAUGAUGAAGACGAAGAAUUUUCAUUUGACGAAUCCAAUGAAUGGUUUGAGAAGGCGUUUGUUGCCGGUAUGAAAGAAUGCGAAGAAAUGCAAACCGGCUACCGAUAUGCGAAGCAAAGACAAUUGGAUGAGGCGUUUCAGAAAUUACAAGACGCUGUAGAAGAAUGUUUGGAUAAAGAAAACCACAAACAAGAAAAAUGA